UGGGAGUGUCUCCGUGCCUUUGUCUGGGUGUCUUUCAGAUCUCUCAGAUAGCUGCACAGAAAGGACCCAGGAGACCUGAGAGAGUAAGAAGCGAGAGAAAGUGCCACAUAACAGACACAAAAAAGCAAACCAAAGACACAGGCAGGCAAGAUUGUGAUUUACAGGCCUGAAGAUGUCAGAGCUGCAGGAAGUUCAGAUAACUGAGGACAAUCCUCUGAUGGAUCCUCUAAAGGCUGCUGAACUUGCUGCAAAAUUACUGCAAGUACAAGAGCAGAAGCACUCUAUUGAGACUCCUUAUGGAGUGGUAACCGUCACCAUUCAGGGCAUCCCCAAACCCAAGCGGCCUGCGAUUUUAACAUUCCAUGAUGUGGGGAUGGACCAUAAGAUGUGCUUUGACACAUUGUUUAAGUAUGAGGACAUGUGUGAGAUUGUGAAAAAUUUUGUAGUGUGUCACAUCGAUGCUCCUGGACAGGAGGAAGGAGCAGCAAUCUAUCCUCCAGGAUACCAAUACCCGUCACUUGACCAACUGGCUGAAACCAUCCCAUCUGUACUGCAGUACCUGAAUUUCCCUAGUAUUAUUGGGAUUGGUGUUGGAGCUGGAGCCUAUAUUUUGGCCAGAUAUACGCUGUCUCAUCCUAACACAGUGGAAGGUUUAGUGCUGUUAAAUAUUGACCCUAAUGCCAAAGGAUGGAUGGAUUGGGCAGCACAUAAGUUAACCGGCCUCACAUCCUCCAUACCUGAAAUGAUGCUGGGUCAUCUCUUUAGUGCUGAGGAGAUUUCAGGGAAUUCCGAGGUUGUGAGUCAGUACAAACAAGCCAUUUUAAAUUCCCCAAUUCUCAGCAACAACCAACUAUACUGGAACAGCUACAACAGUCGCCGUGAUUUGCACUUUGAACGUGGAAGUGAUGACACUCUGAAGUGUCCUGUGAUGCUGGUUGUCGGUGACCAGGCGCCUCACGAGGAUGCAGUGGUGGAAUGCAACUCAAAGCUGGAUCCAACACAGACCUCAUUCCUGAAGAUGGCAGAUUCUGGCGGACAACCACAGAUAACACAGCCUGGGAAACUUACGGAGGCGUUUAAAUACUUUGUGCAGGGAAUGGGAUACAUGGCUUCGUCAUGCAUGACUCGUCUUUCUCGAUCUCGAACCGCCUCUCUCUCCAGCGAGGGGAAUCGCUCACGCUCUCGCACCCUGUCUCAGAGCAGCGAGUCGGGGGGAGGACCUCCAGGACCCCCAACAGAGGUGACAUGCUGAAGUAUCCGGACUCUGCUGACCAGUGAUUGACCCACGCCCUCACCCUGACUGACCUCGGUUUGUGGGGAGAAGCAUCUAACUAUCCCAUUGGGGGCCGAACUAAUGAUGCUAAUUCAAAAAACAAAAUGCAAACGUCACAUGGGAAAUAACCAAAUGUCUGUAUCUGUCUCUUUGUUUUACUCACUCUGUUUACUUCUGUUUUAUCCUGUAUUAUUUCAUUUAUCCUUUAUUUUAACCCUCUCCCUUGUACUAUCUUUUUAUUAGAAUUAACAUUUCUUUUCUAUAUUAUUCCUUGCCCUUUUGCAUCUGUUCUUUUUGGAUCUCCAUUCACAUUUUCCAAUUUUUUUCAUCAGGCAGACCACAGAACAUUGUGUGACAUCUCCCCUUUAAUCAUUAACAUUUCUUAUACCGCUAGCUAGGUGGCUUUUCUGUCCCCCUCUUUUGCACAUAAGGAUAGGUCAUAAUAUGGUUUAAUAUCCUAACACUGUAUGAGGUUCACUCAUAUAUUAUAUGUCUGUGUCUAUGAGAAGCUGAAGGGGUUCAUAGAUUUGAGGGAAGACCAUAUUGGCUUAACUACUGGAAACCCAUUUAAGGUAUUGUUUAGUCAUAAAAAUAGAGCUGAUGCAAACCAUAUCUCAAAAUGCGCAUAUAUAUAUAUUUAUAUAUAUAUUUAUAUAUAUAUUUAUAUAUAUAUAUAUAUAUAUAUAUAAUAUUGCAUAUUUAUAAAGCCCAUACUUCCUUUAGCAGGACCGUAUUUUGAUUGGCUCUACCUUGCAGUAUAUCGCUUGCUCAUGGUAACGAUCAUUAGUCUUAGGUGAAAACAUUUACAAAAAGCACCAUAUAAAAGCUUCUUUCAUUGGGGGCAAAUAUUUUAUAUAAGUUAAGUACUGUAUGGAGUUUCUCACCUUCCAUACAGCAUGAUGUGGUCACCUCCCAAUGACGGACACAGUCUAAUAACGUUACCUGUAUAUUCUCCACCAUCUGAUAACAAGAUGACCUAAUUUAGGGAGACUGAUGGGUGGUUAUAUCGAGCAGAACGUGCCUAUAAUAGUUGGCAAAUAAAAGUUUACUUUAUCCUGCCACCAGCACCUCAAAUCUGUCUUUAAAACCUCUAAGCCCACCAGUGGGAAAUAAAUGUGGGCAUCUCUUAAAUUUGCUGCCUUCCAACUGAAACCACCAAUGAUCCAAAUAAGUGCAAUUUGAGUGGUAGACAUUGAAGUUUGCUUUUUUCUGCUAAGGCUCUUUUUCAUUCACCCAUUGCUUACUGUAAUUCCUCCUGUAGCUCCCCAUAACUGUCUUUCAAUACUCUAUUACAUAUUAGGUUAGAAGGCAUCGUGGGUCUCAUACAAAGGUGCUUCUGUGCUAUGAUACAGUUUAAUGAGGUUCUGAAGUUGCAGCUUUGAGUGCUGAUGGAUAUAAUUUUAAUGCAUUGUGGGGAAGAGGGAAACGAGUGACCUGCUCAAAAGCAGCUCUAUGAAUUCAGUUGGGACAUGGAUGUAUAGAUUGGGGCUCCCUGCGUAGGAAUCAUUUUGUGGUUCUCUUCUAUUUUUAUGUCUGUUAGUUUAAUAUUUUUUUUCCUGACACAGAAAAAAAAAACAAUAAAAAAAUUUUAAACUA